CCAAAACAUUGAGCACACCUCCAACAAUUGUCGAUACUGUUCAGUAGAUUCAAGAUGCCUCCGACCAGGCGAUUGGUGAGAAGGGCUCCGCUGUACAAGCGCGUUCUCUCCGCGCCGAAAGACUGGGUUCUGAGUUUUGGUGAGGAGUGGGAUACGAUCGAAUGGGAAGCAUUCGAGAAAUCGACGUCAUUGCCGGCGGGGAUCGCGGCGAAUGUCGUGUUGGCUGGAUGCCGGUUAUGGAAGGCGCUUCAGUCGAAGUGGGAUGGGAACGGUGAUGUGUUUGCGAGGCCGGGUUCGAGGGGUUAUGGAGGUGCCAAAGGAGGAGUGUUUACGAAUGAGACGGCGAAAGGGUUGUUUGGGUCGACGCUUUCGCUUAUUGCUGUUAUGCUCGUCGCCCUCAGCAUCCUGAACACUCUCUACUGCUUCUUUCGCACGCGCGAAUACCGCCUCUUCCAAAAAGACGCAGAAUCAGAGACUGGACCAUCAACACCCUCCGCCCGCCGCGUCCGCAUCGAAACCUCCCCCUCCCGCCUCCACUCCCUCAUAGCCUCCUACCUCAACCCCCAACCCUCCAUCCACCCCGACUCCGACCGCGAUGUCUGGCAACUAUCAAUCUGGAACCCCACCACAUUCUCACUCCGCUUCUUCUGUACCUUCUCCCCUGCCUCGGCAGUAAUGCUCUUCAACCUUACACCUGCGAACUUUUUUUGGACACUGGUGGUUUCUGCGGGCGUUGGUGCGCAGUUGUGGGUGCUUAUGGGGUGGCAUGAGAGACAGGGGAGGGAUAAGCAGGUAGUGUUUGGGGAGGUGAUGAAUGAGUAUGAGGUUAAGUUCGUGCAGCCGAGGUUGUCGGUUGUGAAGAGGGAUGUUGCGACGCAGGCCAGUGGGGUUGAUGCGGAGACGAGUACGGUGGAGGUUGAGGUGCACACUCCUCAACUUAUCAAGAUGACUACAGCGAUGAGCACGCAAGCCCAUACCGGACCGGUACUGCCAGGCUCCAUCAGACACUCACUCCCCGGCCAAGCUGUCGGUCCAUCACCAGUGAAACUCGCCCCCCGCAUGUCAAUGCCCGCACCCAACUCCUACGCCGGCCCCGAUGCAAUGGGAUCCCCACGUCGCCCGGUCUCUCCCUCUAAAUCGAUGGGCUCGCUACGUCCAGCUGGAUACCAAGCCAGUCCGAUGCGACCACAAAGGCCGGGGAGUGGGACGCCGCAAAGACCAGGGAGUAGCGGGCAGGGGUUGUUUGCGAAGCAGCCGUGGUUGGAGAGGGAUCAGGGAGGGAGUGCGGGGUUUCCUGCUAGUCCGCUGAGGAAGAGGUUCUGAGCGCCGAAGGUGAAGUUUGC